ACCAUGCUUUUGCGGGGCGGGUCCCACCUGUCAUCUUUGUGCGUGCCUUUGACCCUGUACCGAGAGAUAUUAAGAGACAUUCCCCUGUCAACGUGGCUGUGUGUUACUACCACUCUGCGGGUAAUGCUCUAGAACCCCAAACGGACUGAAGAGUGCACACCAGUGCCUCCAAACCCGGGGACGGCAUUUGGAGGUGGGAGAGGGCCAGCUGGACGGCGGCCCGCGCACCUGGCCCCUGUUCCCGAGUCCCAUCGCCUCGCGGCGGCCACCGACUGCUAACUGCGCCCCCGCCCGGUGCCGUGACUCCGCCCCGCGCUCGCGGCUAGCUCCUUGGGGUUCGCAACUGGCUGGUGACCGCGCCCAGAGUCCUCCUGCCCGGGCCACCAGCCCUCCGCCCGCCCGGCCCGGUGGGUGGGCGCCGGGCCGCUUGAACCCGUUGGCGGGGGUGACUCGGCGACCUUGGCUAGGAGGCUCUAGCGGGGAUCCACCAACGGUGGCGACAGCGGCGCGGACUUUGCCCAGUACGGGGUGCGGAGCGGACUGCGUGUCCGCAGGCAGGCCGAAGAGAUGUUGGCAUUCGCGGCCAGGACCGUGCCCAGGCAAGUGGCUGCCUCUUGCUAGGUUCUGCUCACCCACUUGGUAGCACAGUUAGGCUUAGAGAUCCAGCCCAAGGCAGACAGACAGGGCUCAGAACCUCAGUCCUGCCAUGGAGGACGGGCAGCAGAAAGAGAAGGUGAAGCCCCUGGGCUUCCUCAAGCCUUCUUCCUUGACGAAGGCUGCCAGCCGCUUCAAGGCGCACCAGGACGCCCUGCCUCGGCUGCCGGUGCCCCCGCUCCAGCAGUCCCUGGACCACUACCUGAAGGCGCUGCAGCCCAUCGUGAGCGAGGAAGAGUGGACCCACACCAAGCAGCUGGUGGAAGAGUUCCAGGCUGCAGGGGGUGUGGGAGAGCGCCUGCAAAAGGGGCUGGAGCGCAGGGCCACGAAGACGGAGAACUGGCUGUCCGAAUGGUGGCUCAAGACGGCCUACCUCCAGUACCGCCAGCCCCUGGUCAUCCACUCCAGCCCUGGCCUCAUGCUGCCCAGGCAGGACUUUGUGGAUCUGCAGGGACAGCUCCGGUUUGCUGCCAAAGUCAUCGAGGGCGUGUUGGAUUUCAAGGCCAUGGUUGACAAUGAGACCCUGCCCGUGGAGUACCUGGGGGGGAAGCCGCUGUGCAUGAACCAGUACUAUCAGAUCCUGUCCUCCUGCCGUGUGCCGGGCCCCAAGCAGGACUCGGUCCUCAACUUCAGCAAGACCAAGAAGCCACCCAUGCACAUCACCGUGGUGCACAACUACCAGUUCUUUGAGCUGGAUGUGUACCACAGCGACGGGACCCCCCUCACCUCGGACCAGCUCUUCGUACAGCUGGAGAAGAUCUGGAACUCGUCGCUGCAAACCAACAAGGAGCCCGUAGGCAUCCUCACCUCCAACCACCGCAAUUCCUGGGCCAAGGCAUACAACACCCUCAUCAAAGACAAGGUGAACCGGGACUCGGUGCGCUCCAUCCAGAAGAGCAUCUUCACCGUGUGCCUGGACAGAGUCAUGCCUCGGGUCUCUGAAGACAAGUACCGCAGCCAGGUGGCUGGGCAGAUGCUGCACGGGGGCGGCAGCAAGCUCAACAGCGGCAACCGCUGGUUCGACAAGACGCUGCAGUUGAUCGUGGCAGAAGAUGGCUCCUUCGGGCUCACUUAUGAGCACGCAGCCGCCGAGGGCCCCCCCAUUGUCUCCCUUGUGGACCAUGUUGUUGAAUACACGAAGAAGGCCGAGCUCGUGCGGUCUCCCAUGGUGCCCCUGCCCAUGCCCAAGAAGCUGCGGUUCAAUAUCACCCCUGAAAUCAAGAACGACAUCGAGAAGGCCAAGCAGAAUCUUAGCAUCAUGAUCCAGGACCUGGACAUGAUUGCAACAGUAUUCCACCACUUUGGGAAAGACUUCCCCAAGUCCGAGAAGCUGAGCCCCGACGCCUUCAUCCAGAUGGCGCUACAGCUGGCCUACUACAGGAUAUAUGGGCAGGCCUGUGCCACAUAUGAAAGUGCCUCCCUGCGCAUGUUUCACCUGGGCCGUACUGACACCAUCCGCUCAGCCUCCAUGGACUCGCUGGCCUUUGUCAAAGCCAUGGAUGAUGCCAGCGUGACGGAGCACCAGAAGGUAGACCUACUGCGGAGAGCCGUGCAGGCUCACCGAGCCUACACUGACCAGGCCAUCCGCGGGGAGGCCUUCGACCGGCACCUGCUGGGCCUGAAGCUGCAGGCCAUCGAGGACCUGGUGAGCAUGCCUGACAUCUUCAUGGACACCUCCUACGCCAUUGCUAUGCACUUCAACCUCUCCACCAGCCAGGUCCCCUCCAAGACAGACUGCGCCAUGUUCUUUGGGCCUGUGGUCCCAGACGGCUAUGGCGUUUGCUAUAACCCCUUGGAGUCCCACAUCAACUACUCCGUGUCAGCCUACAACAGCUGUGCCGAAACCAACGCCGCCCGCCUGGUGCACUACCUGGAGAAGGCGCUGCUGGACAUGCGCGCUCUGCUGCAGGGCCACCCCAGGGCCAAGCUCUGAGCCUCCCGUGCUCGGGCCUGCCAGUGCCACAGCCAGGCCACCUUCGGGUGGGCCACCCACCAGGGCUCCGCCCUUUGUUCCCUGUCCCCCUGGGCCCCGCAGAUCUGGCUGAGCCAGGGCCAGCACCACACACUCAGCGGGGCCCACAAGUCCCAGCCAAGUGCCUUCCAUGGGCCACCCCAGCAUCCUGGGCUGUGUUCAGAGACUGAGUAGGAUGUAGGCCUGGGUGCCCCAUGUGUCCCCCACAGAGGCCUUCCUCUGGGGAAAGGAAGCAGCUGAGUCCACCCCCACCAGGGUGGGACACGGGGAGUCCUCUUCUCGGCAGUCCACCUCUGGCCAGUCCCCACCGUCUGUGCAGCCUGGUCAGAUCCACACCCAGACCCUCAAACUCCUGAGGACCUAAAGACAGGACUGUCUGGAGUGGGGGACUCCAGGCAACCCCAAGGCUGAGAGGCCAGGGUGUGAGGUGUCCUGGGGACCACCCAUCAGCCACCCUGCAGCAAGAGGCUGUCCCCCACAGGACUGCCACUGCCACACUCCUUUGAAGAAUGUGGCUCAAGAACCCUGCCUCGUUCGCUGCCACUCAGUUGGAUUCCCGAACCACGUUCCUGGUUGUAUCGUAGUAACACGCGAGGUAUUAAUAAAGGGAAAAUUUGUUGGUA